AUGACCAUCAACAGUUUUGCCAAGGGUGGCGAUGGUGGAGGCCCAUCCGAGUGCGAUAACAGCUACCAUAGCGAUGAUGAAAUGGUAGUAGCGUUAUCCACCGGUUGGUACAAUGGAGGAAGCCGUUGCCUGAAAAACAUUAGAAUCGAAGCUAACGGGAAGUCCGUCCUAGCCAAAGUGGUUGAUGAGUGUGAUUCUGUUAAUGGCUGCGAUGCCGACCACGACUUCCAACCACCAUGUCCUAACAAUAUUGUUGAUGCUUCUCCAGCAGUGUGGAAGGCAUUGGACGUACCUAAGUCACAAGUAGGGGACUAUGCCAUCACAUGGUCUGAUGACUGA